AGCCUGGGUGAAUUCCAGCCGCUACGCGUUUGUAAAGGAACACAUUGUGUUCAAAAGGCUGUGAGCAGAGCAGCCGUAGUGACACACCAAAGGAGUGCACAGGAGCACGGAGGGGACCCGGCGAGGAGAAGAGAGAGAGGGGGGGUGAUCCAGCAUUUAUUUUACGUAGGAAGUGAUGCGGGUCCCGGCGUGCUGCCCCAAUACGGCUCUCUUCCUGUAGCAGGAUGCGACGCGGUGACGUUCCAGCGAAACUGUCCUUGCUCUUCAUGUGUUUACGCGCAGACGAGAUUACAGGGAAACAGCUUGCCGGGGGCAGGCAGCUGCUGUUUCCUGCGAUUCGCGCCGGCAACCUGGGGGACGAGGCCAGGAUGCCGUGGGGGAGAAUUGCGCCUCAGGCCCGGCUGCGCCGUUCGGGCAAAGCCAAUGGACUCCCGAAGGCCAGGGACCCCAGCCCUACCGAGAUGAGCGUGGAGCCCUGGGCGGACACUCAGGAGCAGGCCACGUCGGAUCAGUGCCCCCCCCAGCCGGAGCAGCCGGACAAGCUGUGCCUCGACUCGUUCUGGAGCGAGGUGGAGACCAUCCGCAGCAGCAGCAGCUUCAGCGAGCCCAACCCCAACCGACGAGAUUCCAAACAGUCCGAAGAGGGUGAGCAGGAGGAGCAGUGGCUCCAGGAUGCGGGCCUGUCUCCUCUGAUCCAGGAGGACGGCGAGGACGCCGACAAGGUUCUGCUGCUGUCCACCUUGACCCGCACGCAGGCGGCCGCCGUCCAGCGCCGCCUGGACUCCUACACCUGCUCGCUACGCAAGAAGAACAAGCCCCCCCCACGAGACGUGAGGGACAUCUUCAACCCCCCGCGCUCACAGGGUCCUCUGACGGAACGUCAGGAUUCUGAAGAGAUGCAAGAACCGAGGAGAAGCAUGGAGACCAUCACCAAAACCCCUCUCUCAGAGAGGUCAGUGAGUGUAGACUCACAGAGUGGACUGCCCAAGGAGGAGAUCUUCAUCACAGACGUGGCGUACUGCGAACAGGCCGCCAUUCUGCUCAAGCAGGCCAAGCUGCCGCAGACCACCACUCAGCGCCGGAAAGAUGACGGCACGCUCCCAAGGGUCGUCUGCCCCCAGUGCAGGUUAGGCGUGACCCGCAUCCCUGACCUCUCGCAGCAGGACAUGAAGAAGGUCCGUCAGCUCGCCCUCAUCGACAUGACGGCCCUGUGCGACCUGCUGGAGCUGGACGUCAAGCGCCACAAGACCAUCAAGAGGAAGAUCCCAGACAGCUUACUCUUUGGGGUCCCUCUGGCGACGUUGGUGGAGAAUGACCAGAAAGUCAAGGCCAACACAAACAUUCCCCUCAUCCUGCAGUCGCUGCUGUCUUUCCUGGAGAAAAAGGGCAUUGACUCUGAAGGGAUCUUGCGGGUGUCAGGAUCCCAAGCCAGAAUCAAGCUCCUGCAGCAGAAGCUGGAGAGCACGUUCUACUCGAGCAGCUUCAGCUGGGACGAGGUCAGCCCCAACGACGUGGCGGCGCUCCUGAAGAAGUUCAUCCGGGAGCUGCCCGCUCCGUUACUGACCGCCGAGCACCUCAACACCUUCAACGCCGUCAGGGACAUCCCUGAUCUGAAACAGAGGCUUCAUGUGCUCAACCUGCUCAUCCUUCUUCUGCCCGAGCCCAACAGAAGCACACUUAAGGUUCUGCUGGAGUUCCUCUCUAAGGUGGUGUCCCGCGAGCGGCGGAACCGCAUGAACCUGUGGGCCGUCUCCACCAUCAUGGCGCCCAACCUCUUCCUGCACAAGUCGGUGCCCAGCCGCCUGGACGGGGCCGACAAGGGCCAGGCGGAGCGCGCCGCGGACAUCAUGAGGCUCCUCAUCCGCUACCAGGACCUGCUCUGGACGAUUCCUAAUUUCCUGAUGAGCCAGGUGCGUAAGCUGAAUGAGAACAGUAACCGCCGGUACCAGUUCUACGACAAACGCAUCAAGAACCUGCUGAGAAAGAUCCACACAGACAGCAAGGACAAGCCAGACAAGAACUCCACAGAGCCCUGCCGCACGGUGAAGGUGGAGGUGGGCGAUGCGUUGGGCAGCACCAUGGAGGUGCAUCUCAACAUCAACUCGCGCGCCGCCGACCUGCUGACACAGUUCCACCGGGAGAUGCACGCCUCCUCCGACAACGGCAAGGGCCCGCUCCGGAGAAACGGAUCAAUGCACCAUCGUGACUACGCCGUCUAUGAGGUUGGAGGGAACAUCGGAGAGCACUGUCUGGACCCUGAGACUCACCUGCUGGAUUUGUACAAUAACAACCCCAGCGGGGAGUGGGUGAUCCGACUGCGGCAGCCCACCAGCAGGGGGCUCUGAGAGCCGCGGCGCCACGGCAACCCGGGAGGAGCAGCGGAGCCGGCACCACCACAGCAGGGGCUCAGACAAAGAGAGAGAGAGAGAGAGAGAGAGAGAGAGCAAAGCCUUACUGUUGCUUUCUCUCGUUUAUCUCUCGUUCGCUCCUCCUGUUUUUUCGCCCGGGUCUGUGUUCCGGCAGACUUUUGACAGCCUCGUCUCGUCUCUAUCUCUCACACGCCUCGAGCGCCUGAGGACCCUGACGCCGGCGUCCGAGAGCUCGGCCUGUCGGCCGCAUGCAAAUUCACCGCUCGGCUCUCUCUUACCUGGACGUGACGUGCACCUUGCGAUCGGUGCUGCCACACAGACGGGGAGGAGGAGGAGGAGGGGGGUGUCGCUGUCUGCCUGCUGCCAUGUUGCCAUGGUAACUCUGGCCUGGCCGAACCCUCUGUUUUCACUCCACGUCCCGAGGCAACACUCACAGACAUCUUAAAAUAAAACGUGUGUGUGUGUGUGUGCGUGUGUGUAUUGGUUGUGUGUGUGAUUGUUUGUAUGUGUGUAUCUGUAUGUUUAUCUGUGCUUGGCUAGAAAACGAGGGGACAUUGAUGCGGCAUCCGUAUUUUUGGUGUGUGAUAUUUGUGGUUGUACGAGUGUUGUUGUGUUGUGCAUGUUCAGCCAACCACAGUGGAAAUGCAUGAGGGACUCUGAUGAACUUUUAUUUUUUAUUUUUGACUCAGUUCUUCAUUUUGAGCCUUCUUAUGGACGAGGAAUCCAUAAAAAGAGACUUUCUGAAGAAAGCUAUCAGACCUGUUUGUGAAGCUGGACUUCUGGUUGCUCGCACUCUCGAUAGACUUUUUAAUAUUUCUCAUCUUGCCUGAAGGAUCAAAUCUUUGCAGUAUUGUCUUAUAUAUGUACCUAUUUAUCAUUCUGAUGCCCAGUUUGUCACAGACUCUUGCCAUAGAAGCUUCCGGAUGACAUGAUUCGGAUGUCAUGAUAUAUUAUCCAGUGUAUGUGAGCAGUACUCAUCUGGAAGACCUUUCCAGUGUUCUUUCUACGUCUGUUUUAUAGCUAUAUUACAACAGUGCUACUGUAUCUUUACUCUUUGCCCAUCUCUUGCUCUCUCUCACACCACACACACACACACACACACACAGACACACAGUACACUGAUCAACACAACUAUUUUAUGAGUAUUCUGAAGUAUACAUACCAUACACAAUGUACACACACACGCACCUCGGUGUGUGUGUGUGUGUGUGUGUGUGUGUGUGACUGUGUUUACUUGACACAAGACUGUCAACAAAGGGGCCAGACUGUCACUGGUCAUUAGCCCGCUUCAUAUCGCGAUGACAGGCAGAGUAAGUGACACGGCGUCUGCACGGCCGGCAUUAUCCCUAGUAAUGACGCUCAGCAUCCAUCAUCUCCAGCAAUUCCCCCUCUGUCACUCCUCAUCAGGCCUCGUCCUUUAGCCAUGGUGCACGCCUUCCAACCCCACCCCCCCGCAACCCCAUCCCACCCCACCCCACCCCACCCUACCCAUCAAGGGAGAAAUCUUAUCAAUGCUGAAAGAGAGUGGAGGGAGAGAGAUUUUUAGCAUGAAUGAGAGUGAAGACGACUGACUGUUAUGAAUGAGGAGGGAUAAGACAUUUGCCAUGAAAUAAGUGAGCAACAAAUAGUAAAAGUGUGGUGAGGAAGACUGUGGAUGAUCACGUGAGACUGUACACACACACACACACACACACACACACACACACACGCACAAUUUGUUUGUUUUUUUGUGCGCCCUUGAGUGUGUGUGGCACAGUUGAGUGGUCAGGCACAAAGCAGCGGGAGAAAUAGCCUUCUGCCCACGCUAAUCACACAAACUGGGUCACCUCUAGAGCUGCCUUCUCCCCCGAGGGCAAGAACAGUGACACCGGACUGCUGUCCGCAUCACAUGGAUGCCCACGCACACACACACUCACACACACACACACACACACACACACACAAACACAUACACAUGUACACACCCAGACACACACAUUCUCUCACUGACAAACAUGCACACAUGCAUUCAUGCUGUACCAAGCAUUGGAAUUGUGAAACAGUGGCACACUAUUUGUAUGACCUGUCUUUGGGUCAUCUGACUUGGUUAUGAAUGGCCUCUCACAGGCUCUCCGACUCAUUCAGUUUUCUCAACGUGUGGCUGGCUGUUGUCAUUCUGGAUGGAGGUAGUAAAUGUUAAUUCUGUUUUUUUCCCUGUAUUUCUGUAUAUACUUAAGAUACAAGGCAAAAGACUCUUAAAGAAUCCUUAAACUGGGCCGUGUUACUAAAGGUGAACAAGUAUACGCUCUCUUACCAUCAAGUAUUACAAACUUGUACAAAAUGGCAUAAUUGUAUCAUUCUCUUCGGUUUCAAAUAGCCUAGUCUUUCAUUUUCAGUGUCUUUCAGCAACAGCUCAUGAAACAGUGAUCUUAGUAUCUCUUGUGAUUUUUAUUAUCUAUAGAGGAAAACAUCUAUAGAUGAAUGCUUACUGCUCUUUACAGGGUUUCUUGUGAUAGGAAGAUCUGUAAGAAAAGCACUCUUUUGUAAAAAGGUUUUUAUUCAUUGUGUAAUAAAUGUUUUAAG